CGCGCCCCACAUGCAUCCACAUUGAUCGCGUGCAAUGUUUGAAACAAAUGGCGGCCAGUCUUGUUCACAAACUGGCGGUUCGAGAGCAAACUGGUAAAUUAAAAGUAAAGAAGAAAUCAUUAUCAUGGAAACCUUUCACCAAAAUUCCUGGCCGACUUUGCUAUCGCCUCAAGUCUCUUGUCCCCCAGUUUGUCCUGGAAGAAGGACAUGUGUUCCUAGGUUUUACCAAGUCAGGUCAGUUUGUGUUGUCCUACUCCCUUCAUGUGGAUGCUGAUGAACACACAGCCUACCCUGUCUACGUCUAUAGGCUGCACUGGUGGAGGUUUGUCCCGGAGAGGCCGCUAGAACUGGUGUCUGAAGUACGGUUGUUUGGGGAAGAAGAUAUAGUCCAAGAUCUGUUCCUUGCAUUUUGUGAGUGGCCAGAAGAUGACACAAAGGUUCUUGUGUACGGCCAUUGUGUACCUGGUCGAGGGGACGACAGCUGUCAGUGUUACCUGACAGUUACUGCUGUGCCGUCGCUCAAACGAUGUCAAGAAUGUCGUCUACUCAAGAAAGAGUCCUCAGGUAACCCUGGCACCUGUCUUCAGCACAGCUUCUGUCUUCAUACGAAGUAUGAACUUGCACCUCCGUUCCCUGCCUUCUCACCAAGAGUGCAACUUAAGAUAGAUGGCAUCGCCAUCCUCAACACCGGCGACUCAAUAGUAGCCCUCCAGGUGGAUGCAACUCACUCACCAAGUAGCUUUAAUCAAACAGACGAUACCCUUCUAGGGGAAACAACCUCAAACACUGAACAUAUGCAAAGUGACUUACAUGACAACUCCUAUAUUGGUGCUGAACUCUCUAUUUUAGAAACUCGGACAUCUAUUUUUACCAUAGAGGAUAGCAACAGCCCCCUGUGUCAUGACCAUACAGGAGGAAUAGGCAGAGUCAACGAAUUCCUGGAGGGCAUGCAGGAAAUCACUGCCGACGAUGAUGAGGAAAAUGUGCAUUCUCCUGAGCUUGAGGGUUCUGAUCUCGAAUGUUCCGAGUGCAAGUCAACUAAAAACUGUGAACAUUGUCGUCACAUCCCUAAGGAAACACGCCAUGGACCAAGUUACCGUCCCGCUCUUAAAGCUAAAAAUUGUACUGGCGAGAGCAAUAGUCAACAUUCUGAUUGUAUGAAACCCAUGGGGGCAUGUGGCAAGCUGACCUGCCCCGUGGGUUCCCCCGGGAACCAGUGCUCCCACUCAUAUAGUCCAUUUACUGAUACUAAGUGCCACAGCCCCGAGCAGCCCAUGAGAGCUGGCUGCAGCAGUGCCAACCUGCAUGACUUGGACGAUAUUGUAAAUAAUUGCUCAACAUCCAAGUUGUCUUCCCAACGAUCGUUUUUCUCGCCCAGCAAUAGCGGAGCAAGCACGACAGGCUCAUCCAAGAGCUCUGAAAGUGUGGUUGUACAUACAAAUCAUUCUCGGACUGUUACAUUCUCACUUCGAAAGUACGGGUACACAACUGAAGACUCGUCUGAGUCACCAUUGCCAGCUGAAGAUGACUACGACCUGGCGUACCGCAGUGUGCUUCCAGUGGAAGUGCUGUGGUGUGACAGCAAGCAGCUCUCCAUCAUCAGGUCCAUGAUGCCAGAGAACCCUGCGGUGACUGUGCUUCAGAUGACAUUUGACAUCGAGCACUACAUGGUGGAGGUGAUCCACCAGGAGGCUGAGUGGGGCCCGAGAUACGUGGCCUUCUGUAACUACGACCUGCAGAUACUCGAUGUGUGUCCUGACAGCUUCCGUGUCUUUGGCACAGUUCAUGCUCUCAUCCAGGCCAGAGAUAGGCUAACCAAACAAAGCAAAGGAGCAGUGAAGUCAUAUCAAACCAGCUUUACCUUUGAGUGGAAUCUGCGUACAGGGAACUACUCAACUUUGCACAUAGAUGAACUGACGGAGAUGAACGAACAGAUCAUGAGAGGGAAAGAGUGGAAGCCAGGAAGCAAGGAGUGUGGCCAGCUGAGGAGGAAGAGCUACUGCCCUCAGUCCUUCUACAGAAGUGUACAUAUCCUCUCCAACGAAGCUGUCUUCAAAGGCCGUUCCCUGCCCAUGCUGAUAGCUCCAUAUCAAUAUACUGCUAUUUUACUGUGAAAGCAAGAGGAGGCUACAAGAAUGUGUGUGGAACAAAUGGUUUAGAGGUUCAUGUUGUCCUCUACUUACUCGACAGUUUACAUGUGUAAUAACUGGAAAUCAGUGUGAGAUCUCUGUGUUACCAUACAGACAGCUUUAAGGUCACAUUGCAGGAGACAAUUUCAAUAAUUCACUGACAGUUUGUGUAGUACGGUCACAGCGGAUAUAUGAAGGAAGGUAUGGUUUGUGGUUUAAAUUUGUAUUUUAGUAUAACCUUCAGUAAAGAGAGUUCUGGAUAAACAACACCUUGAAAAUGCAGCAGUUGGCUACAACAAACAGUUCUUUAUCCCUAUGAGUGGUAAUAGGUGUUAUUGUUGCUGCAAAUAACGAAUGGUUUUGAGUGUCAUUAGAGUUAACUCAGCUGUCUGAGCUCAUCUUCCCUAGGCAAGAGAGUAAACUGACUUUAAAAGUCCAGUUUCUACCCUUGCCGAACUAGGCUGGAAUAACUGGGCUUGAUCGUAGCGCCACCACUGGCUAUUACCAGUUAUGUCCCUU